UCUGGUAAUUGUAACAUCAACGUUUUCAAAAGAGCGUUAUUAUUCUGCAAAUGGAAAAAAUUGGGAACCGAGGAAUGAAGGAGACUGUUCAAGAUUUGUGUACGAGUAUAGUAUCUUAGAGAAAUUGAUUUUACUGGAAACAGAACAUGUUAAAUUGCGAGAAAGAAUCGAGAAUCUUGAGAAACAAAGGAAGAGUCCAUCAAAAGUGUCGGUACAUGUACGGCUAUCAAAAGCUACACCCUUGAGUGGAACGGAGAGAGUAAAGUAUGACAUGGAGAUAUCCAACAUUGGAGGAGCCUAUGAUUCGAAAAAUGGUCACUUCACCGCUCCUGUGCCAGGCAUUUAUCUCAUACAUGUUCAGUUAUGUCUAGGCUCGUCAGGACAAUGGAUGGAUUUAAAUAUUGUUAAAGAUGGUGCAGUAGUUGGUCGAGUGUUUUCUGGAGAUCAUUCCUACCACUCCUGUGGUUCGGAAGCAUUAAACAUACAUCUAAAGAAAGGUGACAAUAUCUGGAUUGUAAGGGAAACCGGCAAAUCUACCAGUCUCAAUCAGGAUCAUGGAUGGAACUCUUUCAAAGCUCUUUUAGUUCUCGAAGACUGAGAUGCAGUUCAACAAAUUAUUAAAGAAACCCUUAAGUAGUAUUCUUAGGCAUAAAUGAUAAUUGUCAAGUCAAGUCAAUUUCUAACUUAACUUACGAAGUACAUCAACUAUUAUUGAUAUCGCUAGAAUGAACUAUAUUAUGUCUUGUAAUAUAUUUUUCAGACAAUGAUAAAUAAGUUUGAACACCAUUUUCACUUUUCCCUGUUAUGUUGUUUCAUUGAUAAAGACUUCUAUUUGGUAUAUUUCAGAUACGUUUAUAAGUCACAAAUGGUUACGAAAUGUUUGCCGUUAACUACAAUCAUGUUACAAAAUUGCUUACAUAAUAUUUCUGUUUGUUUGGUAUAAUUAAGUAAAUGAUAGUCGAAGUUAAAUAGCUUUUGUUAAUUGACAUGGCUGAUAUUACACAAUCCUUUACUUCCGGUUUCAUUACCCUUUCUGGUUAUAAUGUAUCUUAAGCUAUCACGCCAGCAAUGCAGAUAUGGUAAAUUUGAACUUUAAUUCAUUUACUUUGUUAACAGUUUAGAUGUGGACACGGUUUGAUAAAAGUCCAAAUUGACAGUUGUCAGAUUUCAUUCUCUUAUAGAAAAUGCAUGAAUGUGAUAUUUGCAAUAAAUUGUUUUCAACACGUAAACGGCGCAAAAGACACAGGAAGCGAAUACAUGCGCAUUUAGAAUGUCUGUGCAGAAGAAAAUUCGUUUUUGAAUACGAAAUGAAACGUCACAAAACAAUGAUGAGGAAAAAUGCAAAAGCAUACCCGUGUGCUCAUUGCUGCUUAUCUUUUGAUACAGAAGAAGGUAUCCAGCAACAUAUUAGGCGUUAUAAACACCUUUUACAGUCUAAUGAUGAAAGAAAAAGUUACUUUGAUGAGUUCUAUAAAGAAAAUGUCAAAGUUGAUAAAGAAGACAUGACUGCUUCAAGAAAAAUAGCAGAUACUUUACUGAGAAAAAUGAUGUCACAUGUUAGAAAUCAGCCCGGUGGUACCAUCUUUAACCCAAACUUUAUUAAAGCAGGCAGUGUUCCGGUGAAUGCUAAAAUUGGCAAGGCUGAUGAAUUUGACACCAAUAUAGAGUUGAACGUAACGCCUACAGAAAUUCGUCGGCACGGGCAAUUGAAUUAUGAUUAUGUGGACAGUGAGGACACAUCUGUCCCUAGCAUGAAAGUAAUCCGUGAACUUGAAAAAUCUUCCGAAAGAAAAUCCAUACCAGAAGGAUUUGCAGCUGUAAAAGUAGACAAAGGCAGUGUUCCAGAUACAUACCUUCAUGGCCAAGAUAUCAUACCACGACAAGUAAAGCAGGACCUAUACAAUAAAAUGGAAACUGCUGAAAAUGAACUUGCCUUGACAUGUAAGUGUGAAGAAUUUGCAAAUUUCAGCAAAUAUAUGCACGAAUCACUAACAUUUCAUAUUGAAAAUAAGUUUACUAUAUUCAAUUUCAUUCUGACUUUUAAGUCAUCCAUUUAA